UUUCAGCCGGUUCAUGCCGCGAUCACGCUAUCGAUCUUAUUAAUUGUGCAUAAGAUAUCCUAGUAGAAACAUGGGUGGCAAGUGGUCCAGCAUGGAUCCCUCACAAGUUGAGGUACCCGAGAUAAAUACCCUCCUCGAGAGGGAUCCAUAUCUGAAGCAGUACGAAAGUGAUAUUCGACGAAGGUAUGCCCUGUUUAAAGAUUAUGUUGAAAAAAUAGAAGAGGGAGAUGGAGACCUCAAACAAUUUACUACUGCAUAUGAGAGCUUUGGUAUUCAUAUCCAAGAUGACAAUAGUGUUGUUGCAAAGGAAUGGGCACCUGGUGCACAGCAAGUAUUUCUAACUGGAGAGUUUAAUAAUUGGCAAAAAACUGCUGUACCAUAUGAAAAAUUAGAAUAUGGCAAAUGGGAGUUGCAUCUGCCUCCAAAUGCAGAUGGCAGUUGUCCUUUGAAGCAUAACUCUGAAGUAAAGCUCAUUAUCAAGAGUCACAAUAACGAGCUGCUUGAAAGAUUGAGUCCUUGGGCGACUUAUGUAACACAGAAACCAGAUAAAUCUGAAGGGACUACUUACAAACAACGUAUAUGGCAUCCAGAAAAUGUGUACAAGUUCAAACAUCCCAAGCCAAAAAAACCAAAGAGUCUUAGAAUUUACGAAUGUCACAUUGGAAUUGGUACCCAGGAAUGUCGCGUUGGCACCUACUUGGAAUUUGCUAGAGAUGUGAUACCACGGAUUGUAAAGCAAGGAUACAACGCGAUACAAGUAAUGGCGAUCAUGGAGCAUGCUUACUACGCUAGUUUUGGAUAUCAGGUGACUUCCUUCUAUGCGGUUUCGUCUCGCUACGGAAAUCCAGAAGAGUUAAAAGAGCUAGUGGACGUGGCACAUCAGCAUAAUCUCUAUGUUUUGCUGGAUGUGGUCCAUUCACAUGCUUCCAAAAAUACUUUGGAUGGACUGAACAUGUUUGAUGGUACAGACGCAUGUUUUUUUCAUAGCGGUUCUCGUGGCGAACACUCGCUGUGGGAUAGCAGGCUGUUCAAUUAUGCAGAAUAUGAGGUACUUCGGUUCCUAUUAUCCAAUUUGCGUUGGUAUAUUGAGGAAUAUAGUUUUGAUGGAUUCAGAUUUGAUGGCGUUACAUCAAUGUUGUAUCACUCAAGAGGCUUGGGACAAGGUUUCAGUGGUCAUUAUGAUGAAUAUUACGGUUUGAAUGUUGAUGUGGAAGGCAUAAUAUAUUUGAUGCUUGCUAACCAUAUGCUGCAUGAAAUAUAUUCUGAAAUCGUCACAAUUGCCGAAGAUGUUAGUGGAAUGCCAGGUGUUUGCAGGCCUGUCACCGAAGGUGGUAUAGGAUUUGACUACCGCUUAGCCAUGGCAAUUCCUGACAAAUGGAUUAAAUUGUUAAAAGAGGUAAAAGAUGAUGACUGGAAGAUUGGCGACAUUUGCUGGACACUCUCCAAUCGAAGAUGGAUGGAGAAAGCGGUCGCUUACUCCGAGUCUCACGAUCAGGCUCUCGUUGGUGAUAAGACGAUUGCAUUCUGGCUCAUGGAUAAAGAGAUGUAUACACACAUGAGUACUUUAAGUUCACAUAGUGAUAUCAUCUCUCGUGGCAUUGCCCUUCACAAUCUAAUCACGCUGAUCACGCAUGCUUUGGGCGGCGAAGCUUAUCUAAGCUUCAUGGGCAAUGAAUUUGGUCAUCCUGAAUGGCUCGACUUUCUGAGACAUUUUCGACUUCGUGUUGUUUGGGAUGGAUGGUUACAUGUUCAUCCUGGCUAUGUGAGCUGGAAGCACGAAGAUGACAAAGUGAUCGUCUUUGAUCGAAGUGAUCUCACAUUCGUCUUUAAUUUUCAUCCAGUCAAGUCGUUCGCUGAUUAUCCGGUCGGUGUAAAAAAUCCAGGAACGUACAAGAUCGUUUUGUGCAGCGACGAUGAACAAUUUGGAGGAGAAUGUCGUGUAAACACAAACGUGCAACAUUUUACGCAACCAGAAUCAUUUUCUGCGUAUCCAAACAAAAUGAUGAUUUACAUUCCGCGCCGCACAGCAUUAGUUUACGCACAAAUUGAUGGUUAACUGUUGUCUCGUGACUGAAGACUGUUUGAAAAUUGUACAAUGAUGAGUCACAUCUAUCUAAUAAUAUAAAUAAAUGUAGAUAUAAUAUAUUUUCAUAUCAUAAAACAAAUCUAUAAAAUGUUUAUAUAUUUACAUACACAUGCACGCAUGCGCGCGCAUACAUACACAGUGUUCCAUUUUAAUUUGGACACGAAAAUAUCUUGAAAUGUACAAAAGAUACGGAAAAAUCUUUCAAAAGUUGUAAAGUUUGAAGGACAUAAGAGAGUACUUAUUGGUUUGACCUUGAAUGGUAUUGUCCGUAUUAGAGCAAGGUUACUUCGAAAUUUUUAAAUGGAAUUCCCUAUUUUUUUAUUAUAUAUCCUUGUAGCUUACAUCCAAAAAUAUUAUAAUAAUGUGCAAUAAAAUCCAUUUAAAAAAUUCAAAGUGAUGUUGCCCUGUGAAGUGACCUUAACAAUGCCACCCAAUAUCAAAUCAAUGGUACCCUUUUUAUGUUUCCCUUCAAAUUUUUUUCCAUAUCUUUCAUUCAUUUAAAGAUAUUUCAAUGUUCAAGUUAAAAUCAAUAGAACAUCUUGUAUACGAAGAUUUAGGAGAAACUUGUAAAAAAGAUAUAUUGUAAUAAAUCCUGAAAAAAAA